AUGACGGAGGCAGUAGAGGCACAGGAUAUGGCUUUAGCCAACGGUUCCGUUGAGCAAACCGUGGCCCCAGAUCUGCCGCUGGACCCUUUAGCAGCGAAGCUGGCAGAGUGCUGGAACGUGGUGCGGGACAAGCCAGAGGAUUUUGCGGGGUGGACAGCGCUCGCCUCGGCAGCCGAGAAGCUGGUGCGCUCGCUGCAGCGCGAGCCGCCCGCCGCGGCCGGCCGCGCCACGCACGUCGCCGCGGGCUCGCACGCGUUUGACGACCCAGAGCAGCUGUCGGCGGCAUACGAGGCCCUCCUGGCGGAGUGGCCGCUGUGCUAUGCAUAUUGGAAGAAGCUCGCAGACGCGCUCACCCGCCACGGCCGCGACGCGCUCGCGCUUGAGGCGCUCGAGCGCGGCGCGGCGGCCGUGCCUUACAGCGUGCCCUUUUGGGAGCACUACGCCGCGCACGUGGUGGCCAAGGGCGCCGACCUGGAAGCCGUGCGCAGCGUGUUCGAGCGCGGCGUCGCUUACUGCUCGACCGACUACCGCGCCGCGCCGCUGUGGGACGCAUACAUAGCCUUCGAGCGCGGCCGCGGCGGCCCCGCGGCGGCAGCGGCGGUGUAUGCGCGCGCGCUGCAGUGCCCCCUGGAGUCGCUGGACCGGCUUGAGGCAGG